UCACCCCAUAUUUGUUAAUGGUGAUUACCCAGAUAUGCUGAAGGCUCAGAUCCAGGACGUGAACCAGCAGUGCUCCACGACAGUUGCACAGCUGCCUGUGUUUACAGAGGAGGAGAAGUCCUUGGUGAAAGGGACUGCAGAUUUCUUUGGCCUUUCCCAUUACACUUCCCGCCUGGUCAGUGCUGGGACUGUCAGGAUGUGCACACCAGGCUACGAGAGCAUUGGGAACUUCUCCUUGCAUGUAGAUCCUUCCUGGCCACAGGCUGCCUCUUCUUGGAUCCAUGUGGUCCCUUGGGGAUUAAGAAGGCUGCUGAAGUUUGUAUCCCAGGAAUACACAGGGUCAAAGAUCCCAAUAUACAUAGCAGGGAAUGGUGUGCCUACAGGAGACACUGGAGAUCUACUCAAUGACACUCUGCGAGUGGAUUACUUCCGCCAGUACAUCGAUGAGGCCCUGAAAGCGGUGAAACUGGAUGCUGUUGAUGUCCGGUCCUUCAUUGCUCGAUCCCUGCUUGAUGGCUUUGAAGGCCCAGCAGGAUACAGCCUAAAAUUUGGGCUGCAUCAUGUGAACUUUGAAGACAGCAACAGACCAAGGACUCCCAAGGCAUCUGCUUACUUCUAUUCCAGUGUUAUUAGAAAAAAUGGUUUUCCCUCCCAAGCCUUGAGCAGAUCUACACCAGUGGUGUUUGACCGACCUGUGCCAUCAAAGCUGCCAAGUUUACCAGCAUCAGAAGUUCCCUCCAAGGCAAAGGUUGUCUGGCAGAAGUUUUCAUCCCAGACUGCCUUUGAAAGAGACAUGUAUUUUUAUGGGACAUUCCCAGAGGAUUUUACGUGGGGUGUGUCUUCCUCUGCCCACCAGAUAGAGGGAGGUUGGGAUGCUGAUGGCAAAGGACCCAGCAUUUGGGAUAACUUUACUCAUGUCCCAGGGAAUGUAAACAAUAACGAUACUGGAGAUAUAGCUUGUGAUAGCUACAACAAGGUGGAGGAAGAUAUUUACAUGCUGAGAGCCUUAGGGGUAAAGAACUAUCGCUUCUCCCUGUCCUGGCCUCGAAUUUUCCCCACUGGAAGGAACAACUCAAUCAACAGCUAUGGAGUUGCAUACUACAACCGUCUCAUUGAUGGACUGAUUGCAAACAACAUCACUCCAAUUGUCACUCUCUACCACUGGGACCUACCACAAGCUCUCCAGGACAUCGGUGGCUGGGAGAGCAAUGAGCUGAUUGACCUGUUUGACAGCUUUGCAGACUUCUGUUUCCAGACCUUUGGGGACAGGGUGAAGUUCUGGAUUACCAUCAAUGAACCCAACGUCAUUUCCCGGCUGGGCUACGGCAAUGGGUUGUUCCCACCCAAUGUCAAGGAGCCUGGCAGUGCUCCCUACAGGGUUGCCCACAUCUUACUGAAAGCUCAUGCCAGGGUCUACCACACCUACGAUGACAAAUACAGAGCGAGUCAGGGAGGGGUCAUUGCCCUGUGUCCCUUCAUUAGCUGGGCUGAGCCAAAGACACCAAGCGACCCCAGGGACAUUGAAGCUGCUGACAGGUACCUGCAGUUUUUGGUGGGUUGGUUCACACACCCCAUUUUCAAAAAUGGGGACUACCCUGAGGUCAUGAAGUGGAAAGUUGGGAACAGGAGCGAGCUCCAGAACCUGCCGUCGUCGCGCCUGCCGGUUUUCACAGCGGAGGAGCGCGAAUACAUCCGGGGCACGGCAGACGUCUUCUGCUUCAACACAUACUCCGCCAAAAUUGUAAGCCAUUCAACAACACGUCUGAGGCCCUUCUCUUAUGAGUAUGACCAGGAAGUUUCAGUAACAGUUGACAGCUCCUGGCCUUCCUCAGCUCUCUCUGACCAUCGGCCUGUGGCCUGGGGACUGAGGAGGGUACUGAACUGGAUCAAAGAGGAAUAUGGAAACCCCCCAAUAUAUAUCAUUGAGAAUGGCGUGGGGAAAAAGGCCAAAUCGGAUAUUGAUGACAAUGCCAGGAUAUUUUACUACAAAACAUACAUUGAUGAAGCUUUAAAAGCUUACAAGGUAGAUGGUGUUAAUCUGAAAGGAUACAACGCUUGGUCUCUGAUGGAUAACUUUGAAUGGGUGGAUGGUUAUGAUCCCAGAUUUGGAUUGCACCAGAUUGAUUUUGACAACCCCAACAGGCCGAGGACGCCGAAGCGCUCUGCUGUGUACUAUGCUGAAAUCAUCCGCAAUAAUGGCAUCCCACUGCCCAAGGAAGAUGAAUUUUUAUAUGGAGAGUUUCCAAAGAACUUCUCGUGGAGUGUGGCAACUGCAGCUUACCAGAUUGAGGGAGGAUGGAGAGCUGAUGGGAAGGGGCUUAGCAUUUGGGACAAAUAUUCCCACACUCCCUUGAGAAUCGGCAAGGAUGCAACUGGAGAUGUAGCUUGCGACAGCUACCACAGGAUUGAGGAGGAUGUGGAAAUGCUGAAAAGCCUCAAGGUGUCUCACUAUCGCUUUUCAAUCUCCUGGUCCCGUGUUCUCCCAGAUGGGACCACCAGGUACAUCAAUGAAAAGGGACUGAACUACUAUGAAAGGCUGAUUGAUGCCCUUCUGGCAGCCAACAUUAUGCCUCAGGUAACUCUCUAUCACUGGGACCUCCCACAGGCACUGCAGGACGUUGGUGGGUGGGAGAAUGAUACUAUUGUUCAGAGGUUUAAGGAAUAUGCUGAGGUCCUUUUCCAGAGGCUAGGGGAUAAAGUGAAAUUUUGGAUAACCCUCAAUGAACCCUACAACACUGCCUAUCUUGGCUAUGGCGUUGGCACAGCUGCUCCAGGCGUCUCGGUUCGGCCAGGGCGCGCUCCCUACGUGGUGGGGCACAACCUGAUCAAGGCACACGCCGAGGUCUGGCACCUCUACAACGAGACCUUCAGGGCCAGGCAGGGAGGGCUCAUCUCCAUCACCAUCAACUCUGACUGGGCAGAACCACGCAACCCACACAACCAGGAGGACAUUGAAGCUGCCAGACGGUUCAUGCAGUUUUUUCUAGGUUGGUUUGCUCACCCCAUUUUCAAAAAUGGUGAUUAUAGUGAAGUGAUGAAAAGAAGGAUUCAGGAACGAAGUCUGGCCCAGGGCCUGAGCAAAUCCCGACUUCCAGAAUUUACUGAGAGUGAAAAACAAAGAAUUAAAGGCACAUAUGACUACUUUGGUCUGAAUCAUUAUACCACAGUUUUAACAUACAACCUAAACUAUCCUAAGGGUGUUAAGUCAUAUGACUCUGAUAGGGGCGUGGCCACAGUGACCGACCGCAGCUGGCUGGGCUCUGGUUCCCUCUGGCUGAAGGUGACACCCUUUGGGUUCAGGAAGAUCCUCAGGUGGAUAAAGGAAGAGUACAACAACCCUCCCAUUUAUGUGACUGAAAAUGGAGUCUCAGAAAGGGGAGCCUUUAAAUUCAAUGACACUUGGAGAAUGCAUUACUAUCGGACUUACAUUAACGAGGCACUGAAAGCUGUUGUGCUUGAUGGUGUCAACCUACGGGGCUACACUGCGUGGACGCUGAUGGACAACCUCGAGUGGGCAGUAGGUUAUGAGGAGAAGUUUGGGCUCUACUAUGUGAAUUUCUCAGACCCAGCCUUGCCACGGCACCCCAGGGCCUCAGCCAAGUAUUACUCACAGAUCAUAAACUGCAAUGGCUUUCCAGACCCAGCCACAGGCCCACAUCCCUGUCUGGAACAGGAGCCAGAAGGUAAGUGACACAGCAGAAAUUGUGCUUGUGUGUUUGCAUCUAAUCGUAAUCCCAAAAGAGUUCCAUAAUCCUAACGUUUUAGAGACACCACCAUUAUCUGCAAUAUUUCUUUUUAAAGAUUCCAGUCAAUGUCACUUUCUUAUGCAAAACCAGACUAACAACCAAAUCUUGUGCAAGAGCACCUCAACACAUGCUUGUCUUAAGAAUGUAGCAAAAGUUACUCCAUUAGACUUCAUUCCAACAGAACUGCCCAAGAUGUUUUCCAAACCACACACAUGCAAUAUUCCCACAAGAUUGUUUAGAAAAAAAUGUGAAUGCUUUAUACAAAUCCUUGUUUUGGGUAAGGCUUUGGAAAUAUUGAUUCUUUUGUCAUUUGUGUCUUCUCCACUGAAGUAGUACAAUGAAAAGCAACCAGUGUUAGUGUGGGUGUUUGGGAAUAAGAACACUCACCUGUCCCAUCAGGAAUUGCACUGUCAGCCUCAGCUGUGCCUUUACUAUGAGCUAGAAUUGUAUCCUCCCUGAACCCCAGAGUACUGAAGAGCAGAGUUAAAAGCCUGGUGGAGGCAGGGAGCAGCAGUUCCCACACCUGCAUGGAACAGGCUCUGCACUAACACUUUUCUCCUUGUUUUCCCAUUCAGUGACACCAACAGUCCCCACUCCAGGAGCAGCUGACAGCGUGCGCUUUUUGGGAUUGGAUUUGACAUCCCAAGGUGCAGAAAUAGCACUCUAUGUGCUUUUUGCUCUUUCUAUAGUUGGAGCAAUGGGCUUGGCUCUUU